AUGGCGGACUCCCCCGGUUCUCCCCUCUCAUCGAUCGCCUCCGAUGACCUGUCGGACCGCGAGGAUCUAAAGCAAGGCUUCUCGCCAUCAACAGCCAACAUGCCUCCAUCCAAGCGCCGUCGCACCGGCGUCGCAUCCUGGGAUCGCAACACCCCAGUGUCGACCUCCUUCCAGGAAGAACAGCCGCCCGCGUCGCCCUCCACCUCCAUCUCCUCGGACACCUCGGGCGAACUCCCCAACUCCCCCAGCACGCUGGCCCUCAUCGGCGGUAGCCAGGAUGACGACUACAGUGGACUGGGAAACGACCAGGUGACCGUGUGCCGAUGGGAAGGUUGCGACGUCGGCGACCUGGGCAACAUGGACGCUCUCGUCGAGCACAUCCACAACGAUCACGUCGGCAGCCGGCAGAAACGCUACUCCUGCGAGUGGUCCGAUUGCUCUCGAAAGGGCCAGUCGCAUGCGAGCGGAUACGCCCUACGCGCGCACAUGAGGAGUCACACCCGCGAGAAGCCUUUUUACUGUGCCCUUCCAGAAUGUGAUCGCAGCUUCACCCGCUCCGACGCCCUAGCCAAACACAUGCGCACAGUCCACGAAACCGAAGCCCUCCGGCCCUCCGACCCCGUCUCCAAAUACCACAGCGCGCCGCUCUCCGCCGUCGGCACGCCCACCAGCACCCCCGCCAGCAAAGUGCAGCGCAUCAAGCUGAAGUUGUCGCAUCCGCCGCGGGACGAACCCGAGCGGUUCAGCGAGAGCGCCCCCGAAGACCACCACCCCCACACGGCGGCCGGGGACGAUCUCGACGAAUUCGAGCUGCCCGAGUUCAGCCGCGAGUCGGGCUUCGAUGACCACGAGCUGCAGCUGCCACCGCGUGACCUAUACCGACUCCUCCGUCGGCAGAUUCACUGGGCUGAGAAGGAGGGCGUGGAACUGCGCAGCGAGUGGGAGAAGAUUCGACCAAAGCGGAAGCAAGCGUGGCUCGAGAAGGAAGCUAUCUUCGAUGAUGUGAUCGAUGCCCAGCUGAGGCUCUUCAGCGCCCUCGUCGCUAACGAGGGCGUACCUGUUACCCCGGCGGUGGGGGGUAGUACAGCCGCGAAUGGGAUAGAGAAGUCUUCAGCGGAGCAUCAGCAGCAACAACUGCAACAGGAGCAACAACAGCGAGACCAAGAGCAACAACAGCAGCAACAACAACAACGGCAUGACUCCUCCUCCGACUCCGAUGAAGACGACUCCGAUGAAGACGACGAAGAAGACCAGGGUCACACAGAUGUGAAACCAAACCUGGAAUCGGAACCAGUCGCUGCCUGA